AUCUUCCCGCCAUGUGUAUGUGGUAACUAACAAAAGCUUCGAUUACUUUAUCCUCUCACUCUCUAAUGGCUUCUUCUUCUCUACCUCUUUCUCUUCCGUUUCCACUCCGAUCUCUUACUAGUACCACUCGAUCUCUACCAUUUCAAUGUUCUCCUCUCUUUUUCUCUAUUCCUUCUUCAAUCGUUUGCUUCUCCACUCAAAAUCCCGACCGCGAAGAGGUCCGGUGGCUCCGGGAAGAGCAGAGAUGGAUUCGCGAGGAGCAACGAUGGAUUCGUGAAGAACAGAGAUGGAUACGCGAACGUGAAUCGCUUCUACAAGAGAUUUCGGAUCUACAGCUCAGAAUUCAAUCCCUAGAGUCACGAAAUUCGCAAUUGGGGAAUUCUAUUCCCGAUACGAUUUCGAAUAUCGCUGCUUUGCUUCAGGUUUUGAAGGAGAAGAAUCGGAUUUCUGAGAGUGGAUUGAGCGCAACGCCGAUGGUAUUGGAGAGUACGAGAGAACAAAUUGUUGAGGAGGUGGAAGAAGAAGAGAAGCGAGUGAUUAUUGCUGAAGAGAAAGUUAGGGUUUCGGAGCCGGUGAAGAAGAUCAAGAGGAGGAUAUUGAAAGUUGGAAGCGAAGGCGACGAUGUUCAAGCUUUGCAGGAAGCUCUGUUGAAAUUAGGAUUCUAUUCGGGCGAAGAGGAUAUGGAGUUCUCGAGCUUUUCAAGUGGGACUGCAAGUGCUGUUAAGACUUGGCAAGCAUCGCUUGGGGUCCGUGAGGAUGGGGUAAUGACAGCAGAGCUUCUUCAGAGGUUGUUCAUGGAUGAAGACGUAGAGACAGAUAAGGAUGAAGCAAGUACAAUGAAGAAAGAGUCUUCUUACGACAGAAUAUGGACUCCCAUUGUAUGCUUUUGGCAAGCUUGUUAGCUAAGAUGAUGUUUCUGUUGCUAGUGAGCUUUGUUCGGAAUCUGAAGUGUCUAAUAUGAGUCUGAAAUACAAUUGGUAAAUGGGAUAAAUACUACAUUGUCUUGUUUGAGGUUUUAGGGAACAUGAAUAUUCUGAAAUUUCUCUUAAUUUGCUUAAUACACCUGUUAAGACUGGUUCUUUAUACUGGAUCUUUCUUUUAAUUCCAUUGAUUAAGGAAGCUGGUAAUGGGGCGGUAUUUACUUCAGUGACACAAGUCCCUGAGAAGAAGCAAUCAAUCGUGAAAGAUCAAAGUGACAGAGAAGUUGACGUUACUCAAAAUCGGGUUUUUCUUCUUGGAGAAAACAGAUGGGAAGAUCCCUCCAGGCUCAUUGGCAGGAACAAACCGGUAGACAGAAGUGAAUCAACAAACACCAAAACGAGGUGCAUCACUUGUCGAGGGGAGGGUCGAUUGAUGUGCCUAGAGUGCGAUGGAACCGGUGAGCCAAACAUUGAGCCGCAGUUCAUGGAGUGGGUUGGUGAAGAUACGAAGUGUCCGUACUGUGAAGGUCUUGGCUAUACAGUUUGCGAUGUCUGCGACGGCAAAAAAAACUUAUAAUAAUGAUUCAUAUUUAAUUUAAUGAAAAAACAAAUUAGUUUGUUUUCCAAAUCGCAUAAUAUGGUUGUUUAAGAGAGAUAUAUAUAUAAAUUUAGUGAACAAGUACGUAGUUAGUUUGUUUUUCAAAUCACACGAAUGGAAAUCGUCUUUUUAGGAUAAUUUCGCAUAGGUGCUAUCAAAUUUUAAAUUCAAUUAAUUUAAAUUAAUGUCAAACCGGAAAUAACAUUUUAUUUUAUAUUUUCA